AUGCUCGAUCAAAUCCCCAGUGAGAUUCUUCUUGAGAUGAUACCUUUCUUUACUCCAUCUGACUACACUCGAUUGAUACUUGUCUCCAAGGGCUGGUACGAUGUGUUCAUCCCACAUCUCUAUUACCAUAUCUCACUUCCCCUCAACGAUUAUGAUUAUCUUGGUACUUCCUACGGAAAUCUGCCUGAAAGUCUUCUACCCAUACGUCGAUUUACCCAAGCCAUAAUAAUGAAUUCCUCCCUUGCUCCACUCAUUCGAUCUUUGGAGCUUUACCCUAGCGACUGUAAGGAGGGAAGAUGGGAGCAACUACCCCCUUUAGAAACAUUGCCUGAAGAAAGAUAUCGCCACUUCAUGUUACCUUACGGGGAGUCCAAGCGUAAGCACCGCCGAAAGCUUUAUGCCUGGCGCAGAGACCUCAAGGAAGAUUCCGAGCGGUCCGACUACCAUCGGGCGCUCCACCACUAUGAAAAUGCCUGGCUAGCUCUGCUGUUAGUCCAGCUGCGGAAUCUUGAGAAGCUCGGGGUUGCUCUUCCGGAAGAGAGAUGGGUCUUGGGAUAUGAGGACGGACCGUUUCCUCCCAGACGUUCACCUCACUUUGAGCGGGUCAUUGCAUGGGCGAGUCAUCCCAAGUUAGGGGUUUUGACCAAGCUCAAGCAAAUCGCACUAAAGAACGGGCCUUGCAUCUGGGAAACUGGAAUCUCAAUAAAUGCAAUCCCCCUGACCCGAUUACUUCCCUUUCUUCGGAUUCCUUCAUUACGGAAGCUAUACGUCUCAAAUCCAUGUGAUCGAUCUCUACUUAGCAUGCCAAAAGAUCUUUCCACCAUUGCACUCACACAUCUGGAUUUUGAGGCACCCAAAGAGGCAAUGCCGAACCUCCCUCGUUUCCUCGAGCGAUGCUCCGCGCUCGAGUCAUUCACCAUACAGCAAAAGGUCCAUAAUGGAAACUAUAGUCAGUACAAACAAGACUUACAUCAGCUGUACCAGUCUUUGCAAAGGUCGCGCUUCUCAAUUCGCCACCUGAGUUUGACCUUACAUGAUCAGGGCGUUUGUCGGGACACAAAAAUUCCUGCACCUGUUUUCUUUGGGCCAUUGUCGAAAUUUCCGAGGUUAGAAUCCGUUCAUAUACGGUGGAGUAACCUCUUGCAAAUCCCUGAAAGUAGGACCACUACCCCGAUAACACCACUCUGGGCACUUUUCCCCUCCUCGCUCAAGCACUUGUUCAUCGAUCAAUGUCUCCUUCACUGCUCAGAGGUACUAUACACCGAACUAGUGACUCUAGUAAAACACUACCAUGCUCACCUACCCUCCUUACGGAAGCUAUAUCUUCGAUUUGCCGAGCGAGAGCGAGCUCCGACAAGUCUCCCCAAAGACUUACGGACGAAGAGAAUGACAUCAGAACGUGCCAAUCAUGACAGACUACUUGAGUUACGGCUGGACUUCGGUGCUUUGGGCGUCGAUUUCAGGAUUUUUCAAGGAGAUGAGAAAGUAACCUUUGGCCAGGAGUAUUCCAUAAAAAAUAAGUGGCCAAAGGGGAAAGAUGGCAAGGUUUUUGUCCUAUGA